UGGUAGUCUGUCCUCAGUCCCUCGGUCGCUCAGCUGUGCGUCACAUGUCGGGUACCGCGAGUCCUACUCCUGCCCGUAUACCAUUGAAUCGUGUACCGCUUGCUCGUUCAAGUUACCGUUCAGCGCCGGAUUUCUACUCACCGGCAAGCGUCAGUCAUAUAUUAUGCUAUCUACCGCGUGCACUCCAAAGUAUUAUCACAAAUCGAUCACGAAGUGCCUCGAACAUGCGGACGGCGUGACGAAUACAGGCAACGGUGCACGCCGUUUUGUUGAUACGUUGAGUUCUGUGUUCAGGCCGCGAAGGCCACCGCGUCCUUCCUCGGUUUAGGAUCGCAUUUGCUAUCGCGAUUGCAAUUUCACGCAAAACUGCCCAAUCUGUCCUCGGCGAGUUAUCACGGAACGAUGACCUAAAGCAACGUGUCGCAGUACGGAGUUUCGGAGACGUAGGAAGAAAGAAAGGAAAAAAAAAGAGUUGAAGCUACACACGACGAGUAAAACUGGUGUUCUAGUUUCCGGGAGUGUUUUUCCAAAUAUUCAUUCGAAUCAUAGACAUAAUAUAUCAAUCGUGUUUCGAUCAUCUCUUAUGGAAAGUGUCGAACUGUUGAGUCGCGCGUGACAUUAUUUCUUCUCUAGUGUGAUCCAAAUUUGUUUCCGGUUCGUGUGCUGCAUCUACGUACGUUUUUUAACGUUUGAGUUUCGCGGACGGUAGUCGAAGAGUGAGUCUUUAACCGCGGUGCAAAUGAUCUAUACGAGAGGCGAAUUCGCGCGAGAUACUUUCGAGAACGAUUCGAUAUAUGGUAUUUUGUUGUGAAGUAUAUCGGUGUGUUAGAAUCCUCGUCGAACGUUUCAAUCGAUUUAUCGAAGUGAUCGAAACGAGAGCAGAGAUCGUUUAACCAUAGAUAAUCACGAAUAAUGUCGACGGGCAAGAGGCUGGCGAAACGUAGCAUAAUCGGCACCAGAGUGUGUGCUCCCGGCGAGGACGGGAAAUACUACAGUGGCGUCAUUCACGCCGUAAAAACGCCGGCGUCAGCCGCGUCCGAGUCAGGCCUCAGCAUUACACCGAAGACUCGCUACUCCGUGCGCUUCGAUUCCGUUCCCGGCGGCCGUCCGCCAAGUCCCAGCACCGAAUACUCUGAUCGCGAUUUGAUCGGGCCUGGUUUCGGCUCUGUCACCAGCGCGCAUCUCGUGCCCGGCCAGAAGGUCUAUCUUACGUACAACGGACGGGAAAUUCACGCAGAGGUCACGCAACAUCGCGAGCACCUCGACGAAGUAGACGUGAUAAUUGUACCGAACGGCCAAGAGACGAUGAGGCUGACUAAACGUAUAGACGAGGUCAGGUUGCUCGAGUCACGUAAGAGCGCCCGACUGGCUGAUCAGGAUACAGAUUUCGCUAGACUCGCCGAUAUGGCUGGUGAUCGUAAGCGGGCGUCUUCCCACUCCAUCGAUGUACCACAUGUGAUUGGAUCCAGAAAACGGCGACCCAGCUCGAGCAAUGACUCCGAGCGAUCGUACAGCGGUUGGAGCGACAGAAUACCCCACGGAUGCGGCCGCGAGGGUUGUCGUACCAACGAACGCGGCGAUUGCAUGGACGAAUGCACCGCCGCUCUUGUCCUCAUGUCGCUCUCAUGUUCGCCACACAGCCCUCACAAUCCCCUGCCACUGCACUGCCAACACAAUUACGGUUCCUGGGGAGGUCGAGGUGGCGGAGGUGGUGGCAUGGUCGUUGGCUCACCAGGAGUCGGUGGCACCUCGAAUAGCAGCAGCAGCAGCAGCGGGGCUUCAUGGCGUAGCGGCACCCCGAGUCCGCCUCUCAGCGACGAGGGGGCACCUACCACCGGUUCUCUGUGGCCGACAUCCGCUCAUCCUUCGCACAAUCAACAACACUACCCUUACAACGCGUCUGGCUCGUCGUCGAGUAGCACCCCUGGCUCGACAACCACCCUGGACGAGGGUAUAGUGCUCGAUUACCUCGAGGAACAGCACCCACGCAAAAAGAAGAUUCGAGCGAAAGUAAGCCGCGACCCGAUCGAGAAUGGACCUGUCAACACCGCUAUCUACGAAACCGAACAGGCGAACGCAGCGAUAGUGUUCAAAUGCACUUGGCCAGGUUGCCUGGAAAUCAAAGCAACUGUGGCGCUUAUCGAGGAGCACGUGCGUCAAUCACACUUGGGGCCGAAAAAGUCGAAUGGUUACGAUAACGAGGAAGACGACAACAUCUCUGACCACGAGGAAGAAUUUUAUUAUCAAGAGGUGGCGGUCGAUCACAUGAGCUCUCCGCCAACGAUGUCACAUCGAGACAUGGCCAGGCCUCCACAUGAAGAUCCGGAAUACCAGAAACAGCUCCGUUUGGAGGCCACUUCUGCUACUACCAGCACAGAAAACGUGAUGGUGGGCAUCAGAGAACGGAACAAUGCGUUCACCAUUUCGCAAUCGCCGGGUACACCGAUCAAGCACAUAAAGUUGUCGCCCCGGCCGUUCCAGGCGUAUCAGCAGAACAUGGGCCUGUUGACGGUGUCUACCGGCAAGAUGCCGUCGUCGCCGCGGCGGAUCCGCGGUGAGACGAAGAAAUGCCGCAAGGUCUACGGUAUGGAGCAUCGUGACCAAUGGUGCACACAAUGCAAAUGGAAGAAGGCCUGCAGCCGUUUCGGCGACUAGGCCAAGCGGCCGCCCCGUUCGUAUGUCCGCGGGCGGAAACUGUCGCCGAGCCGACCCCAGAGUUUGCCAAUGCUACGUUAAACUUCUCGCCAACUGCCAGCAAACAACAAUUGCAAAUUUCCACAACAGUCGAACAGUUACAGACAGCCACGUGUCAAGUUACGAACGAUCGUCGUCGUCAUCGUCAUCAAUUGUGACGUUGUUGUCGUCGCGGCGAUGACGACCACUCGCUUGAUACACACGCGAUGAAAGCGCGUUUUUCUUUCGCGUGUUUCGCGUUGUAUCAUGGUCACGGGACAGCGAAGACGUAUCCUGCAGUAUCGUCCACCAUCUUCCAGAACCGUUCGACUGGAUCCAUAUAUAAAUAGAUUCGAAAAAAAGAAAGAAGAAGACGCCGAAGAUCGAAGAACGAUCUCUGUGUGGUCUGUGAUGUUCAACGCGGCUAAUAUCGAGCAGCGAAACACCACUUCUUCCUAUUUUUUCUUCUUAUUCUUCUCGCUAAACCCGUCGUGUUUCCUCGCCGUUCUCCUCGCUUCCCUCUUUUAUGGAAACGAGGCGAUGAGAGAAGCAUGGGUCAAGAAAGAUACGUCAAUCCCAUGACGGAUGGCGGGUGGUUAGAAGGGCUGAUCACGCGUUUGUUUACUACGUGGUAAAAAAAGGAUAUAGAAUCGUAAAGGAAAGAAUCGUGUUUGACUUGGUCUAAAAUACACAGAUAUAUGUUGCGUUGUCGAGCGAUGGUAGAGCGGAGAAAAAGAAAAUCGAGUGUACGUUGUAACGAAAGGAAAAAAGAAAUAGAAAUAGAAGAUCGUUGACCGAUCGUCGAACGAUAUCUUAUCGCUCUCGUCUAGCACUUGGCAAACUCUGUCAGGGUCUUUUUAGCCGUAAUAAGGGGUUUUGAUUAGUAGAUAGCGAAUAAUUGGCGUACGGGACGAGGCAUCCUUAGACUGUCGCGCCCUCUCUGUCUCUCUUUCUCCAUUCUUUCUCUUUGUUAUCUCUAUGUAGUCUUUUCUCUCUUCCUGUCUCUGAUGGAAUGUAAGAGGGUUCGGAACAUGACCUCGCUUCCGGUUCGCCAAAAAACAAGAAUUUUAAAAGAAAAAAAAAAGAAUCUUUCCGUGAUUCGUUAGGUAAAGAAAAAAAAAAGGGACACGCGACUCAAGAAUCGUACGGAUGAGUACGCGUGCCUCUGAAAAUACGUGCUGGUUCCCGAACCGACUCUUAGGUCAUUACAAUAGGUCUUCCUUCAUCCGACGAGAGCGUCUAGGCUCCAUUUCCUCGCUGGGCUCUCUCGGCUUGCCUUUUCGAGGGAUGUCGAUGGUCGUCACGCGAACCUCGCAGAAAAAGAGAGUCCCCGUGGGUCCGUGUGUCACGCGUACGUGUCCCAUAUCGUGGCCGUUCGAUUGUUCGGCCGAUUAUUCGUCCGUUUGCCUCACGGUGGCCCCUCGCGUGCGCUCGCAUACGCGUAUUCGUCAACGAAUAUUCGCUGAUCUUUAGAAAUAUUAUCGAACGUAUAUUCGCGUAAGAUCAUUUCAAAUGGUCUUGGAAUUGAUGCGAGACGAAACGAACGGAUAUUCGAAAUUAACGCGCAUCCUGUCCAGAAAGAUGAUUGGGAACGGAAUAUUUCUAAACCAGAAAAAGUUGUAUCAAAAUAUUUAAUUGGAAGAGGAUAACGAUCGCCUUGAAAUUUUUUAUGUUUAUUCGAUGAAUAUGUAUGAAGGAAUAUAUUUAUUGGCAUAAUGAACGUUUCAUUCUCGUUACCCGAGAGUGUUGCUUUUAAAAUUUUCAUAAAUCCGCGAAUUUAUGAUUCAUGGAUUUCGUAUUCGCUGCGAGACAUUUAAGUAUAUUUUCAAUAAAUGAAUAUUCGCGCGAUUAGCUUCGUAUCAAUUUAUCGACUCGCGUAAAAAAUCUCGCAUUUCGUGGCUUUAGCUAAAACAUGAAAUAUUCGUUUGCGAAUGGCGCGUUUCGUGGGGGGGUCGAUAUAGUAUAAUUUCUCUGUCGUAUGUAAUAUAGCGUGGGGGACGUACGCGACGCGCGUUCCGGACGAACGGAAGACCGUGAAAACAAAUCGAAUAUUCGAUUUGACCGAUUGUUCUUCCUUGAAGGACGCAGGCGGGCAUGUCUAGAACGAAGAUUCGCCGCGAACCUACAGGCAAUUGUGAUAUUUUUUCUCGAAAUUUUAUCGAAUUAAUUAGGCGAAUCACCGUGGGCCGAUACUACAAAUUAGGCAGGAGUUUUAUUGGGAUGACGAUGGGUCGACAAAAAGCGAUGAAAAUAAUACGACGUGUCGAUAAGACAAUGGUUUAAAAACGCAAGAAAAAGAAAGAAGGGCAAACGCGCGAAAGCAAAAUUUUAUACACCAAUCGUUAUACUGCCAGAUUAAAAAGUAAUUCAAUGAAACGAAUAAAAAAUUAUACGAAAAAAAAAAACAAAAAAAGGAGGUAUAAAAACGAAGAAAAACGAUUAAAAUAUCGUUUCGAGCUUCGUAUACGAAAAAAUACACACACGCACGCACACCACGAAGAUACCAUCGUGUGUGUCAGGCUCAGGCUGCUUGCUAGCCUCCUCUCGACGACCUAAGACCGUGUUCGCCGAUAGAAGGAAAAACGAAUAAUAAGAACAUGAAGCUGCAUGCUCGAAAUUUCGGUACAGAUAGAUAGGCUUCGCAGUUGAAUCGAUCGAUCGAUUGUACCCUAGCAGCGAGAUUCUCUUUGCAAGAUCUUGCUUUCUGAUUAUAUACAUAUGUGUAUAAAUGCAUAUAUAUAUACAUAUAUACACGUGUAUGUAGAACAAUGGAAAAAGAUAAAUGAAACAUAUAAAAUUUGUGAGGCAGAUUUUAAACGUUCAGCAACUUCUUUGUCUGUCUAUCGCGGGACGCUUCUACUUUAAACCAACAUCGUCAAAUGUGCUCCCUUCUCGCCUUCGAUCGUUCGCACGACUCGCGCGUAAUUUAUGUACGAAUCAUCUUUUUCGGUUAUCGAAAAAGACUAUAAUAGAAUAAAAAGUAAAAAAGAAAAGGAAAAAAAGGAACACACAUAGAGAGAAAAAAGAAAGAAAUCAUUUGAUCUCCAGAAAUUUUGCGACGUGAUACACGAGUGAACUCGUACGCAUCGAGUCUCUUGACGACGAUAUUAUGUUCGCUUUGGAAGAGGUUGCUUCGAAACGUAGCGAUAGAUUUCGUUGUUGUCUCAUCGACUAAUUUAAACUGAUUCCUUGUCAUUAAUUUAUCCGUAAUUAUUGAUAUUAUUAGGACCGUUGUUACUCGUUUCUGUUAACGAGACCAGCGUCUCGUUUCUUCUUUUUUUUUUUUUUUUUUUUUCUAACGAACACCGAAACGGUAAAAUUCAAAGGGUAUUUCAAAGACUGUAGGUAUAUAUUUAACGUCCGUUCGUUUCUUUCCCUCUCUCUUUUAAUUCGUAUUUACGGAGAGGAGACUACUUCCAUCGUGUUAAUCGAUGCUCAUUUUUCUAGUACAAUUUAAUCGCGCGACGAUGUUUUUUCUCCUCACACACGUGUUUUAUCUUUGUUUGCUCGCAUAAUUUUACGGUUUAUAUCACUCUCGAAUCGUGUAUCGAUAUUUAAUAUAUAUAUCUAUAUAUAUAAUAGUUAUAUGUAUAUUAACGUUGUAAGUAUAUACAUAUAUAUGCCCGUGUUAACACGUUAACGUUACUUGAGAUUAAGAGAUUCGUCGGGCGAAUAAACAUUAAAAAAAGGAAAAAAAGGAAAGGAAGAAAAGGGAGGAGAAGUGUCAAUUACGGAGUUCUUUUUUGUGCAAAACCGUGUCAAAUUCCGCGGAGAAAAAGAAGAAUCACGAAAUCAGACCAAUUAUAUUAUUAUCGUGGCGAUACAUUACGUUUUCUCGCGACACGCGCAUACAGGCAUAUAGAAUCAUGUAUUUCCGAACCAAAGACGCCGUAUCUCCGAUCGUGUUUACCAAAUUUCAAUCGAUCUGUGGAGUUCAGGAUUCUCUUCGUCGAGAACAAGUCGCUUAAACACAGUUCGUCAUUAUCGUACCACGAGGAUUGUAUAAAUCUUGCGAAAUAGUUUUUCUAUUUCUUUCUCUUCUCUUUUUAAUGCUAGAUACAUUAUCUACGUACUUAGAAAAAAUCUAUUUUCUUUUGUUUCUUCGAUCGGUUUGACUGGUAGCGGACACAUAACAAUACGAAGACCGCGCGGUGAAAAUACGACAGGUCCCAUUUUUGUUAAUUUUCUGACUUUUAAUUUGAUCUUUUCAAUAUGAAGCAGUUUAAAGGAUUCGCUUUUUGCAAACAGAUGAUAAAUCCACAAUGUUUCUAUAAGAAACAAACAAUAUUAACUUAAAAUGUCGUCAAAGAGUACGAUAAAACACAUUUUUAAUUCCAAAAUUAAACGAUAAGAUAAUUUUCAUAUGGAAUCGAUCGACACUGUAUCGAAUUAAAAAAUUAGUCUACAGGAAAUGCUAUCGUGUUAUCGUGUUUUUCACCCGUGGCCUUCGUAUCGAGUCUCAGUGAAUUUCCUGAGAAUAGAAUUUCAUAGACGAAUUAGAACGGCAUAAAGUAUUAGUCGAUGUCACUGUGCUCGAUCGAACGCAAGAACUUAUGCCCGCUGAUCCUAGAAAAAAGGAAAUGAUCAAGAUCAUUGAAUCGUUACGAUUCUACAAAGGAGGAUUUCGUAGGAACAUUCUGAAUGGAGAAUGAUUCCCCGUGAACUAGUUUGCGGAAUGAAUGUCAAGGAACAAAUAAGUGAAGAAAAAAUAGGAAAUGAAAGUCGCGAAUUGAGUGCAAGCUUGCGUGAACAAACCGCCAGCGUGCAUAGGAUAGAAAGUAAUUGCCGUCCAAAUAGGUUCCUUCUUUUAAAUCAAAAUUACCGAACCAAAAUGGUUUCUCGGCCGUACGAUUUAAAUCGGCAUACUUUUCCAGAAAACCACAGUAGAACGCCGAAUAAUGCUACGAGUGGAGGGAACACAAGGGGUGGCUUGAAAAAGUGGAGCCCCUGAUUAUUGAUCGUCAAAAAAAAAGAAUGGAAAAAUAUCGGAAGCAACGAAAUUAGAACAUUGUAUCGAAAAUUUUGUAAAACUUCUGUUUUCUAUAAAAUAUUUUUUUCAUUAUUAUUAAUAGUAUAACAUUGAUAUAUUAUGCGAUUAAGGAUUUUUUACACAAAACCUUAAACAAAAAUCUUUUAACUUAAACUUUCUUUUUAUAGACAAAUAUUGUGUAUAUUUAACACAUUUUUACGUAUUUUUAAUGUCAAAGAAGUGAUUAAGUAUUUCUUUUGUUAAGGCACUUUUAAGGCACAGCCUUCACACUCUAAUAUCUUAAUUUUUAUUCAAAUUUUAAGCAGCGAUACCGAUACUUUUAGCACGUUACGAGAAUAAUUUCUUUUGUUUUUGGCACUAUUUUUAUUUCUCAUGCAUGUAUAGAAAAUAUACCGCGCGGUCCCACAAUUUUUUGAAAUUUAUAGAAAUUUUGAUAGAUCGAUCUUUUACAACGAGCCAAGUAUGUAGUAUUAUUCGGCACAAGUCAGACGAAAUUUUAAUUUCUCUCGUAUCCGUGUAGAAGAAACGGAAACAUUGUCCUAAACGAACGAGCAUCAUCCAGAAAGGGAAAACUUGAUUUUACCGUUAUGCCUUUGAAUAGAGAAAGGAGUUCGAACAAACUGACGCUGGAUCAUUUCUUGCGUGGAGAAAUGUCAGAAGCGAAAAGAGAAUUUUGGCGGGAAUUCGAGUAAAGGCACUAACGUGGAAACUCACAGUACAAGGUUAAACGAUUGUGCCAUCUGAAAUGCCAAAUAUUCUCUGGUACUUUUAUCUUAAAAUAAAAAUUCGAAGAAAAAAAAGUAUAAAAAACAGAAAAAAAACGAAAAAAUAACAAAGAAUAACAAAGGUAAGUUUGUAGGGAAAAAAGCAAAAAAGAUGGACAUUUAACGCGAAAGAGAAACAUUUAAACGCGAUGAGAACGGAACGAGAACGAGAACUUAAAAGUUUCGUAACGGAAGCUUUACAGACUUAAAGAUACCUCAGGUUUAUUUCAUAUACGGAAACAACGGUGAGGCCGUUUUGAUCGAAGCAAAUGUGUUCCGGAAAAAAGCGGGACGACUCGUUUAAACGAUAGACGCGUAUCUUCGUGAUCACCGUCUGUCGUACUGGUUGCCCUUCUCCCGUUUCGAUCAAAGUGGCUAGCCGAUAGGUACUGAAAAUAUAUUUCAUACGUAUCUCCUCGCGAAGUAAACGUCAAUAUUACUUAGUCGAAUUCGUUGCAUCGAGUGGUGAACUCGAUUCGUUAUUAUUGUAAAAUAUAUGUAAUCGCAUUUAAUAGAUCGCCUGAAAACGUUCAAACGCCGGGGACGAAAACCUGGGCCCGAUCAUUUUCUGCCGACUAUCCUCCAACGACAAUAUGAAUGAUUAGGAGAAAAAGAAAACGUCGUUCUCGCGUCUACAGUGUUGCCAGAAUGGACGCAUGUACGGUGAUUCGAUCGGACGAUCGACUCUGAUCGAAUCGGUGGAUUUUCUUCGCGCGAUACUCGCAAUUCGUCUCUCGCGGACCAAUGUAUCGUUGAGAUCUCGCGCAGUGACAGCUGAAAUGGCCGUGUAAAAAGAGUCCCAUCGCCCCGUUGGCAACACUGUACGGCCGCGAUAGCCGAGCAUAGUCCGCGCGCGUAUUAACCGAACAUUCGAUCGAUUCGACAAGCGAGCCAAUUAGGGGCGAUCAAAAUCCUAUAUUGAAUGACAGCAGAGACAGCGAUCGCCCCGGAUAAUCAAUCCAUGGGCUCUGGUGUGUCCCAGCACGAUCGCCGAGAUUCGGAUGGGAAAGAAACAACAAAAGUCGCAGAGAAAUUAAAUGGCCGGGAUUAUCAUACCAAAACGAUCUCAUAUCGAUUUAAUGAAAUGCAAUUUUUGAUCGUGCGGUCGACCGGGGGCGCCGUUCACACACACAAACACGGUAAACAUAUUACAUUACAAACACGCAUGCUGGAUAUUAAAGCGGCGACAUCUUCGCAAGUGCGAGGAAAAUUCAUUGCAUGUACCUGUUUAAUAAAAUCGUCGCUGACCGACGCGGGGCAGAAGGCGAGGCGUAUUUAUAAAUUGAUUUCGAAUCAAUCAAAGCGGAAUCCCUUUUGCCGCUGGCCGCCUUUUAGACAGCGUUUGCACUUGGUCGAUCGCACAAAGCAAAGACAUAUUAUUAAUAGUAUAUUAUAUUAUAUUAUAUUAUUAUAUUAUAUUAUAUAUAUUAUUAUAUAUUAUAUUAUAUUAUAAUUAUAAUUAUAUUAUAUUAUAUUAUUACCAUUAUUAAUUAUUAA